AUUAAUUCAUUUGCAAUCUAAAUCGUGCUAGCUUAGUGUCAACAAACAUGUCAUAUAGAGAAUAAUUUAAUUGUUUAAAAAAAUUAUAAACUUCUAGUUUUUGAAGCUUUUUUAAGUGAUUAAAAUUACAAAAUGACGGACACUAAUGCUGCAAAAAAUGAGGUUUUGAAUGAAACUAUGAAUAGAGGGGAGAAAGGUUUGGGAGGUAAAAAGUCUCAUUCGGAGACAUCGCUACAACAUUUCGGUGAGGAUGAAGGAAUCGACACACCUGACGUUAGCGGAGAAGACCCUGGGGUCCAGAAUGCAUCAAUCGGCAACGGAUCCAGUUCAGAAGACAUGCAGGGCCGCAGACGCACCAUGUCACAACCGGGGCCUGUAUCAGGCAGUCUUAUGACCGCAUCAGCUGCCAGAGCUGCUCGUAAGAGACCACAGAGAAAUGUCAUGUACCACCCUGAUGUAGAACGAAGUGAAUCCACGAAUGAGAAACAAUCGCCCAGAAUACUUAAUCUUGGUAGAGGAGAGGAGUCGGGAUCUGCUACACCUGUUGGUGACCGCGCCAGCCCUAUGCUGUACAAUGGUAACCUCAGAAAUGGAGACGCCAAAUCAUUAAAUAGCUAUCGGCUGUACAUGCCACAGAGCGAUAUGAGGGGCUCAGCGACCCCUCGGAAGAGGUCCGUAGCAACAAUGGAUGCCCAGUCCAUCCGCUCCGUAGAAACGCAUGCACCUCCACCCACCAGCCCUGAGGACAACAAGAGGCUAACAUCAAAGUACCUGACCCUCAUAAUCAGCUGUAUGUACGCGGUACUGUUGGUCACUCUUGGACUAAUAGUGUACUUGGGCGAUUCGUUCGUCAACGAGUCCGUUUCCGAUAUUUACUCAAUUAUCCUGUGCAGCAUCGGAUUCGUGUACAUUUUCUAUUUAAUAUUUGACAUAACGAGAUAUAAGUCUAUCGCAGUCAAAAAUCACAAAAUUAAAUCUCUCCAUGAAGAGAAAAUUAUGGAGUUCUUUAGGAAACAAGAGGAACAAUUGGGUUCAGUGACUCCUGGAGACAGGACCCCUGAAUCUGCCUCAACAUACAGACCACCAGGCAUGCCCCCACCAGUACUCAUCCCUCACAAACAUGAAUACUGCUUCAGUCAGGGUCGGCAUUCUGGAAGCUUCUACCUGAAGAUGGGAGCUGCUGGUUUUGCUCUCGGUCACUUGGUGCAUUCAGUCCUACUGCUGGCCGUUCAGAUCGGUCAGCUAGCGGACGAUAACCUCGACAACGACGAGUGUGUGAACAUCCUGCAAGUUGUACUGGACGUUCUGUUCCCCGUCUACUGCUUCCUACAACUGUACUUCGUGUUCAAAUACUCCAACGUCAUCAUUUUGAAAAAUCAGGGUGUAGCACACUUCGCAUUCAUGCAUUUAAUCGGGAGCAGUCUGUGCUUCUGGAUAUCUGCGAUCGUUCGUGAGACUAUCCUAGGAUUGACGAUUUACGCCAAUUCUAGGUAUGGAAACGGCGACUACUCCGAUUAUGCUGGAAACGCUUUCGUGCCCGAACAUGAAAAACCUUUGGAUGAAAGAUUCCUCGACAUAAGCAAUCUGUAUAACCCGAACUGCAACAAUUCUGCCGCCAUUAAUUCGAUAUAUGAGAAAAUCUCACCGUACCUCUAUCCGUUCAGCGUGGAAUUUAAUAUUCUUAUUGUUGCAAUUUACUACAUUAUUUGGAGCAAUAUCGGUAACUGUGACAACGAGGAUGUCGACUCAGAUGCAAACUCUGCUAGUGACGACAAUUACCAUCUUUGCAAAAUUCCAACGGCGAAUGAAGACAAUGAUUUCACGAGUAACAUCGUGAUCUACGCUGACUGUCACGCUUCUAACCGUGGCAUGUUCCUUGGUCUCAUCGUGAUGGUCAUCAUCACUGGCAUGCUCAUCAUUGGCUUCGUAUUCAGCAGCGUUGGAGAGGAAUUCAUGGAGCUUGGCUAUCUUCUCAACUCUUGCACGAAACUUGGUUUACACGCACUGUUGCUGUUUGCGGUCGUGAUAGCAUUCAACCAGCUUCGUCAGCUUGAUAUUAACGAGCACCCCAUCUCGCUCCUCGAUGAUGUCCUGCUCUUCAUCUGUCUCCCCGCCUUCUUCAUGGAAACUGUGUUCUCGCUGGUUGCGACCAUCAGUUUCGCUAAUAUUGUGAAGAGUGUUGAUUUCUGUGUUAUGGUGAUACAAGUACUGAUCCAGACGCCUCUGAUCAUGGACGGUCUCCGGCGCUGCAGCAAUACCAAAAAACUUCGAAGAAAGAAGCCAGGUCGGGAAGUUCUCAUGUUCCUCCUCAUCGCUAACGUUGCUAUGUGGAUCUUCAACACCUUCUCCUACAAAUCCCCUGACAGUCUAGACGAGAGAUACGAGUUCUAUGGCAAAGUAAUCUGGACUAUAUUGGGCCAUAUCAGUUUACCCCUCAUCAUGUUCUACAGGUUCCACUCCAGCGUCUGUUUCGCAGACAUUUGGGAUUCCGCUUACAAACCUGGUUCAGAACAUUGAUUUUAAGUUAAGUAGCAAAAAUUAUGUAACAAAUAGGUUAGUUAGGUUUCAAUUUUAAUUAUAGUGGAAGUAUCAUUAAGGUGUAGAUAACUUAGUUUGUAAUGUUAGAAAAUCAAAGUAAGGUCGCAUAAUGGACGCGCCCUUAGUACGCCUUGUCGGUAGCUCUACGCAGUUUCCGCCCGUUCGUGUAUACUUUAGCGUCGCCAUUGGCUAAUGAGCUUCGUGCGAACUACUACUAUUUUAAUAAGCCCUGUUUUUAGUAAUAAUUAAUUUGUGUGAAAUAUGUAAAUAGAAUAAAAAUGUGUAUAUCGCUAUCAUGUAUAGCAUAUGUCCAAUCAUUUAUAGUAAAUGAAGAUUAGUAAGUUAUUGCCUAAGAAUUUUGUUUAGUGUAGUGUGUGAUUAAUGUUAUGUGAAUAAGUAGUCUUAAGUUUUUUGUACAUGAUUUAUAUAAAAUUAUUGAAAACAA